AUGACGAGAAGCACCGGCACAUUUGAACUGAAAACAUAUCGCCACAUCUCCAACUACCCCUUUGUACAAGAAUUUAGUGCCUUGUUAACAAGUAUUACUAUUUUAAACUCUUUACUGACUAUCGUGAAAGGUUAUAUUAAUUUGGCACUCCAAAAUCUAUCUAAAUACCAAAUAUUCACAACAUAUGCGAACUCUUUGGAUACCACCUUGGAUAGCUGGUUGUCUUUUUUCGAUCAGAAACUUCCAUUUAUGUCGAACUUUUCAUUUGGUAAGCAUUACCAUGAUCUUCAGCAAUAUUGUUACGAAGUGGUUGCAUCUUUGAAUUCUAGGUACUUGAGCCUAAGAAAGUCUUUGGAAUCCGUGUUUGAGUCAAGUCUUAAAAAGCUUGAGCCAAUUUUAAGGUUAACUAACAACUAUUAUGAAAGCAUUUUGAAUUUCAUUUUACCAAUGUCUCCAACAAGUAAGACUGAAGCCAUUGUCGGUAAAAUCACUGAGAGUUCAGAGAUUGAUAGAAUGAAGAACUUAUCUUUGGAAACAUACAAGAGGUUGCAGUUGACUGCCUCUAAUGUUUCCAAACUUCCAGUGCACGUAUCUGAUACAUAUAAGAAGGAAUUAGAGAAUGAGAAAUCGGCUACCAAGGCUGUCACAUCCACCACUAGAAAGUUGUCGAAUGAUGCUUAUCAAACAAUAAAGCCAACCAUAGAAAAAGUUGUUAGUUUGACCAAGUCCACAACUGAAGAGGCAAAAAAUCCAAUUCUUGAUUUUAGUGAAGAAGUGAUUCACAAUGCGGCAACGGCUACUGGGGUAGAAGUUCACUAG